UUUUGCUUGUUUGUUCCUUGUUCCUUUGACUUUCUCUGUCGCACUGUCGUCCUCUCCCAUUCUCUUUCCUUUGCACUGGAGUCUGGUCCAAGGCUCUAAUUAGCCCGGCAUGAAGAAGCGGAUCCCAGCGAGGGCACCGGGUCACCUGAUUGGAGGGUUGGAUGAAUCAACACUGGGUCUCAUUAAAAUUGCCGUUUGCAUCUUAGCGGGUCUAGAUAGAGAGGAUCGAAUGAGACUCUGUGACGACUGGGUCCAUGGAUCCAGAUAGGAGGAAGGGCAAAACUUCCCAUAGCCUCAAUUCCCCAAAGAGGCAUGCGAUGCAGCGGUCGACCCCGCACCGCCUGUGGAAAAGCUGCAGUGAGACUCCAUCUUGCGUCGCUUGCCCACCUUGCCACUCCGCACCGGGGGAUUCCCCCCCAAAACGAAAUGGUCCAUUAUGAUGAUGAUGGACCUGGGGAACCAAAAAAAAAAUGGAGUCGGCCGGUUCGGGACGUUUCGUUACUUUGGAGAUUUUCUGGAAAUUCGAUCAUGACGUACUAUUCCCCCAGACGCGUUCCCAACCUUUCCGAAAACGUUGGUAUAUAAAGUCUCCCGGCUGCGAGUUCCCCCUUACCCUAAUAUCACCAACAAUUUCUCUUCUCUCACCGUCACCAUGGAUCCAUCGAUAAUACACACAAAGGGGAAGCUCGAAGACGAGCCGGAUGCCCUUCAUCUCGAGAAAGGCGAACUUGUGGAUGAUGUGACCCACGAUCCCGUCUUUGGGGAAAUCACGGAAGAAGGGCCGAACUAUCGGAAUGUCGGCUUUCUGGGAACCGUCGUGCUCAUGAUGAAGACGCAGAUCGGGCUGGGUGUUCUUUCCAUACCGACAGCCUUCGAUGUCCUCGGCAUGGUUCCCGGCGUGAUCGUUCUAAUCGCGAUUGCCGUGAUCACGACGUGGUCCGACUAUAUGGUCGGUUCCUUCAAGUUGCGUCAUCGCGAAGUUUAUGGUAUUGAUGAUGCUGGGGCGUUGAUGUUUGGUACCCCGGGGCGCGUCGUUCUGGCAGCCGCAUUUUGCCUCUACUGGAUCUUCGUUGCGGGCUCUGGUAUUCUCGGAAUUUCGAUUGGCCUGAAUGCAGUCUCCACCCACGGUGCCUGCACCGCGAUCUUUGUGGCGGUUGCCGCGAUCUUGGGCUUUGCCUGUAGUAGCAUCCGAACCCUUGGGAAGAUCACUUGGCUUGCAUGGAUUGGACUGCCAUGUAUUUUGGUUGCCAUCCUGAUUGUCACUAUCGCCGUUGGCGUCCAAGACCGUCCGCCUACCGCACCACUCACAGAUGAACCGUGGGUCUCAGAUUUCAAAAUCAUCGGCCAUCCGACCUUUGCUCAGGGGAUCACCGCAGUGAGCUCACUCGUCUUCGCCUUCUCGGGUACCCCGGGCUUUUUCUCGAUCGUAUCUGAGAUGCGCGAUCCGCGCAAGUUCACCCCAGCAUUGCUCAUCUGUCAAGCUGUCGUGACUGCGGUCUAUAUCACCAUUGGCUGUGUAGUGUACUACUAUUGUGGGUCCUAUGUCGCCUCGCCAGCCCUCGGCUCUGCUGGCGGUUUGAUCAAGAAGAUCGCCUAUGGAAUUUCCUUGCCAGGCUUGAUCGUUACGACGACGAUUGUUUCUCAUAUCCCAGCGAAAUAUAUAUUCGUCCAUCUGCUCCGCGGCUCCAAACACCUCAUCAGCAAUACCGUCACACACUGGGCUGUUUGGCUCGCCUGCACCCUUAGUAUCACUGUCAUUGCCUAUAUCAUCGCCAGUGCAAUCCCGGUGUUUGACGGUCUUGUGUCUCUCAUCGGCGCCCUACUGGGCACGAUGAUGUGCUUCCAGCCCAUGGGUUGCAUGUGGCUCUAUGAUAACUGGCACAAGCGCAAGGAGGGCCCCGUCUCGAAACAGUGGUGGUUCAUGGUGUGCUUCAGUGUCUUUGUAGUCGUUUCAGGAACCUUCCUGACCGUGGCAGGAACCUACGGUUCCGUGGUUGGGAUCAUGGACUCAUACAAGACCGAAGGCGGCUCUGCAGCUUUCACCUGCGCAGACAAUUCGGGGUCCGUAUGAAAUG